CCGCCCCCGGUGCGGCCGCCUCAGGGCUCCGCCGGGCCCUGCUCCGCCGCCAUGCCGGGCGGUGCUCGGGGUCUGUACCGGCGGAUCCUGCUGCUGCACCGGGCGCUGCCCGCCGCCCUGCGGGCGCUGGGGGACCGCUACGUGAAGGAGGAGUUCAGGAAGCACAAGGCCGCCGGGCCCGCCGAGGCCCAGCGCUUCCUGCGGGAAUGGGAGAACUACGCAGCACUGAUACAGCAACAAAUUAAUGAGGACAAACAAAACUUGAAAGAAAAGACUGUAUAUGGAAUCCAGCUCACAGAAGAAAAACUUAAUGACUUCCGUGAUGAACAGAUUGGGCAGCUGAAGGAACUGAUGGAUGAGGCUACCAAACCUAAUAAAAAAAUCACCAUUUCUAAAGACUCGGAACACAAAACCUAAAAGGGUUUAAAAAUUGUUUUAAUGCAUAUGGAAGCAUUUCGAAACUUCCUUUUCCAGUUGGACUUAAAUGUGGUUUCUGUGGAAUAAUGGGUGCUGCUGAUGCCAUGACUUGUCUGAAAUGGAUGUCUCUGGGUAUUUGACUUUCUAUGCAAGAAUAAAUGUUAAAAUGGAAUAAUCACAACAGUUUUAUGUUAAUUGCAAUAUUUUUUUUCCUAAUGGAAGGUGGAGACCGAAAGAAUUCAGUGAAAGUAAAUAGACAUUUUUAAAAUAGAAAGUUUUUUUUUUUUAUCUUAGGACCCAUAGGGCAAAACAUCUUUCUGUUUGUAUAUCAUCCUCUGCCUUAAUGGAAAAGAUGCAAUUAACGUUUGUUUUCUGAUGUGGAUUCAGUAGAGAAUGAACAAAAGUAUGGUACUAGAGUGGGCUUAUUUCAAUGGAAAGAAAUGAGCAGUAUUAGAAAUGCAUAUUGCCAUUGAAAUUGAAAGUUGGUUUUCUUCUUGAGCUUUACUGUGAAAUGUGCUUUACAAUAAAAGUUGUAAUUAAUUAUUAAAUUUACCUUGAAGGAACCACUGGCUUGUAAGGAAAAUUCUGCACUUUCUUCAAAGCUAGACUCAGAUUAUUAGUAGCAUCUAAAAUUUAAAAAAAAAAUUCAUGAGUUUGUUGUGCUGUAGGUAGAAUUCAAAGGCUCUUUAAAAGCUCAGUAUCUCAUAUUAUUCAAUAUUUUAUAGAGACCAGAAUUUAUACAGUCCUCAAUCACCGAAAUUAUCAUGUUGAUAAUACUGUAUAACAAACAAAAAAAAUUUAUAGGUAGUAGGUUGAGUCUUCAUCAGGACAAUGCGUGCCUAUUGCAAUACUCAUACUAUUGAGACUAAAAAAAGUCCUGGGUUUUUUUUCUGCUAAGAAAAACCACCCCCUUUCUGUGCGAAAGACAGCUUUCAUUUCAUAUUCCAAACCCAGUCUUAUAUUAUUAGUUGUGUUCUAUUUCUGGACCUUUCCCUGUCUGUUACCCACAGUGUGUUCACGACAACAUAAUUUCUUUCCUCUUGGGGGAUAACAGCUCUGACAAGUAAGCACUUUUCCGUCUGUCUCAAGUUGUAACAACACGCUGUUUGCCAAAGUUACGCUCCUGGAUCCUCACUGGGGGCAAUUCGGGGAGCAGCCUGCUUCUCUCUGCCUUAGCUCUCCUCACAAAUCUUUGCUAGGAUUUUAGGUUGCAGGUUGUUCUUUUCUAUUAUAAAUGUCGAUUGCCAGACUCUAGUGCGACUUAAGAGUUGCUUUGCCACAUCUUCCUCUGGUGCAAGCUCCGCUGCUUGCGCAGUACGAACAUCCUUUAACCUAAUUCAGACAGGGAGAGAAGGGUGGAGAUGACAUCCAGGCUGCAGGGCUGAGGUUCACGAGUCCUGGUUCGUGGUGCCCCAAGGGCACGGUUGGAGAGAACAGCGGCUCCGUUCUGGCCCGCUGCGUACCUAGCUCUUGCCCCAGCAUCAAAGUGGGAAGCAGAUUGGGUGUGCGUGCAGGCAGCUUGAAAAUUGUCUCUGAUAUUGCCGUUCGCACAUACCUAAAGCUUUUUUUCUUUUUGAACUUCAAAGGCUGUAAAAAUGUAAUCCAGCUCCUAAGUUUUAGGGCAUAAGGAUGUAUUCUUCUUGCAUUUCCAUCAGAUGUACAGUAACCACUAUUUUUUGUGACUAGAUCUACUCAGUUUUAAUAUCAAACCCAGUGUUUGACAACAGAGUUUGUUUCCACUCCUUGACUGGUAGGACACGUGUGCCGACUUUCCAGUCAACAUCCAAGUUUCUUCCAAUUUAUUUCGAAUACUGCGAUUUAGAGCACAGUUAUUUUUAUCAGCACGUUUAAUGAAACUUGUUAGUUCAGUGAAACUAGUUGGAAUACUUGCUUUCCAUCUGUCUACUCAUGUAUGUUCCUAGAUAAUGCACAUUUCUAGGGGCUAAAUUAAUUUAUAAUUACUAUUUGGUAUGAAAAAUUUAAAGUUAUAAUGAGACCCGAAGUGGGUUGGAGGUGAGGGUAAACAUCUUUACAUCCACAGCCCCUUUUCUGGUAAAUCCAACUACUUCUUUUUUUUUUAUUAUUCCCAGUGGUAGCUUGUAUUUUGUACAAUGUUUGUAUUCUUGUUUAAAACAACUCUUUCAACAGCAAAAAAAUCCACAGUGGGAAUGAAACAUCUUUAAAGGUAGCUGUCUGUAAGACAGGCGGUGCUAAUGGCAAGGCAUGCUCUCAUCCGAGCAGCGCUUACGUGGGUGGCCGGCACGGGUGGCCCCACGGAAGCCUUGCAGCACCAACACUACCACGCGUCAGUGAAAUUCUUUGAUUUACAAGUGUGAAUAAUGACAGUUAAGCUGAGGAUGACAAUGGGCAUCUCAUCCUGACCACAAAAAGGCUGAGUGACAAAGAUGCUGUUUUAAAUUUUCUUUUUUCUUUUUUUUUUUUUUUUUAGGGUAUAGGAUACUUUUUUGGGGAAUUUUACACAAGGUUUGAACAAAAGACAGCAUCCAUCAACAUUACUUCAAAACUGUAAGCAGCUUGCAAUGUCAAUGGCAAAACAGUUGCUUAGAAAAAAGAUAAUAAUCACCUUAUAAUGAAAAAUAGCUGUGAUCACUUUAGAAAUGAGUGCAAAGGUUUAAGCUGUGUUCUGUGCGUGUUGGUAUGGAUUGCUGUUGCACAGCUAAACACUAAAAGCUCCUGCCACCCUUAAAGGACCCGUCUCCCUUCAGCUUGACUGUUAAGAAAGAUCCGUUGUAUUUUGAUGAUAAAUUCAUUUGGCUCUCUAGAACUAAAAGAGUGUGAUAAAAUUCACUGGUUAAUUUGACUAAACCUUAUCUCAACCCACAAGUUUUAUCUUUUUUUUUCCUCGGUUCUCUCCCCCAUCGCAGUGCCGGGGGGUGGGAGCGAACGGCCGUGUGGUUGUUUAAAAGCUGCCUGCCGGGUUAAACCACGACAGGUAGGAACAUUCUCAGCAGUGUCAGUGGCCACAGCUCUGCCCUGGGAACAGACUCGACAGCGCUGAGUCCUUCCAGCUGUUUCAGUGGUUUGUGUCUACCACUUAAGGCACAUGAAGACCACAGAAUUUAAUUUUAUUUGGAUGCAACCAUUACAUAAGUAUAAUACAAAGUGUUCUUUGUUCAUCGAAAUCAAGAGCUAUAAGUCAAUGUAUAAAUUCAAUGUGUGAAUUACCAAGAACUGAAUGGUUUUGCCACUUACAGCAGUGUGUAUUACAAGUAAAUGUCAGGUGUUUCAACAAGCCCAUUUAUGUGAUAUAUGAUCCUACGCAACAGAUACUCGUGUCUGGGGAGUUUGGUGUUUAAUCUGCGUUCUAACAAUUUCAAAGCGAGUACUUGAGACUAUAAACCAACAAUCCCUUAUUUAAUAAAAUGACCUUUACUUACU